AUGUACAGUAGAAAGAGGUCAUCGAUCGCCUUGGCGAUUGCGUACGUGGGUCUUCUCUGCUGUGAUAUCGACGGUGCAAUCGCUAAAGUUCCUGAACUAGGAUCCGCGCGUGUAGUCUUUCAGACAGAUUAUGGGGACAUUGAGUUUGGUUUCUAUCCAAGUGUUGCACCAAAGACAGUUGAACACAUUUUCAAGCUCGUCCGGUUGGGAUGCUAUAACACGAACCAUUUCUUCCGGGUAGAUAAGGGUUUUGUUGCUCAAGUGGCUGAUGUUGUUGGAGGAAGAACUGCUCCAAUGAAUGAAAUGCAGAAGUUGGAAGCUGAGAAAACUAUUGUUGGUGAAUUUAGUGAAGUUAAACACGUGAGGGGUAUACUUUCCAUGGGAAGAUAUUCUGACCCCAACAGUGCACAGUCUUCGUUCUCGAUACUCCUUGGAGAUGCCCCACAUCUUGAUGGCCAGUAUGCUAUAUUUGGAAAAGUUACUAAGGGCGAUGAAACUUUGACAAAACUCGAGCAAGUUCCUACUAGGACAGAGGGAAUUUUUGUUAUGCCAACUGAACGUAUCACUAUUUUGUCGACAUAUUAUUAUGAUACCGAGACGGAAACUUGUGAAGAAGAUAGGUUGGUACUGAAGAGGAGACUUGCUGCAUCUGCUAUUGAAAUUGAAACACAGAGAAUGAAAUGUUUUCCGUAG